AAAACAAUCGCGAAUCGAACAACAAAUCCGACCAAAAUCGCCGCAAAAUCAAGUAACCGCUACGCGUUUUUGUUUUCCAAGGAAGACGCGACCUUUAUGCUGGCACUUACAAGAGAAAUUUAAUCGAGUCACCGGCGUUUUUCAACACGGUAAAAUGAUUGUGUUAAGGUACACGAGAAAUUUGUUUCUACGGGCAUUCUGUGUGGUGUACCUGUUCGCUUUUAUUUCAUUCUACAUUCAGAUACCAGGUUUAUAUGGCGAUAACGGAAUUUUGCCGGCCAGUUCGUUGUUGGAGAACAGCAAACACAAAACGUUGUCUGCCAAAGUGCACUAUCAACCCACCUUGCUUUGGUUGGCCCCCUAUCUCGGCCUGAAUACGAACUACGCUCUGGACGUUUUGGCACUUUUGGGCAGCUUUUUGGCGUUUACAGGAUUUGUGUCCCAAAAGUUCUGCACAAUCCCGCUGUUUGCGGGACUAUGGUCCCUAUAUUUUUCACUGUACCAAAUCGGACAAACUUUCGUUACAACUAACUAUGAUGAUUUUCUGUUGGAAGCGGGCUUCGUGGCCCUCCUUGUGGCACCCCUUCUGCCCGGCAAAAGAAAAGGCAGCAAGGGAUCCUUUAGCGACGCGAUCAGUUUUUGGCUGGUGAAAUGGUUACUCUUUAGGUUUUUGCUCACCUGUGGUCUGUCGAAACUACUCAGCGGCUGCCCCAAGUGGUGGGGGCUGACAGCCUUCGAUUAUUGGUUCCAAUCCCUCCCUUUGCCAAGCCCACUAUCUUGGUACGUCCAUCAUUUACCGCAUUGGUCCUUGCGAUUGGUCGGUGUUUUCGCCAAUGUUUGCGAGUUGGGUUUGCCGUUUAUGUUUUUCGUGCCAAUCAGAAGCGUCAGAAUUACCGGAUUCGUUUUUCAAAUAUUCCUUCAGAUUUGCAUCGUUUUGACUGGCAAUUUCAACUUUGUUAACCUAUUAAUGGUAACACUGAUGAUUUCGCUACUUGACGAUCAAUUCUUUUACGGAAGAAAACAUUCCAUGAGCAAGUGGAACAUUAUCGGAAAAAUAUCGAACGUUUUCAUACACGGCGCUUUACUAUACGGGGUUGUAAUAUUAUAUAACCUAAAAAUCAACGGUACAACCAUCGACUCGAACGUUGCCUUCAAUAAAGUACAGUUCGAGGAGGUUGUCAGCAAAGGUUUAAGUUACAUUGUGUACUUUGGAGCCGCAUCUUUGGGAGUAACAAUCGUACAAGCCUUGCUGAGCAGUCUUGAUGGUACAGGGAACAAAGUUCUGAGCCUCAUCAAAACGUUGGUGUAUUCCACAAUAGUGCUCUCGUUGUUUUUGUCCACGACUGUGCCUCUGGCGUCGCUGCACAAAACAUCGAACACGACUGUACACACGCAAGUGCGCGCCAUCUACAGCAGGUUGCACAAGUUACACGCCGUGAACCAAUACGGUUUGUUCUCUAAGAUGGAGGGGGUGGAUGGACGCAUGGAGGUGGUCUUGGAGGGGGGAGACGACAUCGACGGGCCCUGGAAGGAGCUCAACUUCCUCUACAAACCCGGAAACGUCAACCAUUCGCUGCCGUAUGUCGCUCCGUAUUCGCCAAGACUGGACUGGCAGAUGUACUGGGCCGCUUACAGUACGUACGACAAACAACCAUGGUUACUCUCUCUGACGCACCGCAUUCUUCUGGGUCAGCCCGAAGUUUUGUCGUUGCUCGACAGAAAUCAUUCGCCUUUCGUCAAAAGCCCGCCCAAAUACGUCAGAGCCCUCCUCUACAAGUACAAGUACACGCAGUGGAAUCAAAAAUCGCAGUCCACCUGGUGGACGAGGACCAAAGUAGGCGAGUACUUCCCCGCUUACAGCGCCUCUUCCAGCACCCUGCACGACUACCUUAACGCGCGCGCGCUUCUGCCCAGCAAAUCCAAGCAGCCGGUGAAUCCCCUGUGGAAACGGGUGCUGGACUCCGUUCGCUACGUCACCAGCCACCUCGAGGCCACCCUUCUGCUUUGGUCCGUGUUCACGGCGGGGUGCGCCGUGAUCACGACCUCUGGCGGCAGAAAGUAAAAGUUUUGGAGUCGAAGAACAAAAACCGUCAAAAAUACGAGUAAGCGUUGACUGACUAUGCUUUUAGUGUUCCACAUAUACAAUUGAAAAUAAUAUUGGGGUUGUAUUAUGUAAAUAAUAAUACUAAAUAUUGUUUCAGUUUUUUUUUGCGUUUAAUUGUGUUCCCCAAUAAUAAUUUCAAUGUUAGUGGCCACAUGAGUAAUUUUAUUUAAGUUUUUUAAACGUUUUUACCUGGGACAGAAUGCAAACUAAAAAAAAAUCUUUCAGUCAUAAUUUUUUGUACACCGCCGUGAAUCUCAUUUUUAUCUCUAUUCAUAAUUCUUGAAAUGAUACUUAUAUAACAACAGGGUAAAAAAUUUGGAUAUUUUUGUAAUUUUCACGUUUUCCCACAAAAUUCACACCCUUAUUUUUAUGAUACAAUAUAAGUAGCAUUUCAUUAUACAUAAGUAUAUUUAUAUUUAAUGUUGGAAAAAAUUUCUUAUUUUUAUAUUUGCACACUGUAAUUCACAUUAAGUUGAUAAAUUGUUAACUACUUGUUUCUCAUUAUAUGCAAAAUCAUCAAGACUUAAAUUGUUAAACAAAUUAUUUAUGUUUUUGUAGAUACAGAUAUGUAUGAAAAAUGUAUUGAAUGUAAUUUUUUAACCAUUUCUUUGUUUGUAAGUCACUGAUUAAUAAAAUAUGAGUCAUUUUACAAAAAA